CAGAGGCCACUUCUUUUGGCAUAUGUAAGCUUUCAGAAUGCCGUGAAGCAGAACCGGGGAAUGCCAUAAGCGACUUUUUGCUACCACUUGAUUCACCGAUAUGAUUUGAUUUGAUUAGAUGUGAUAUGAUAUGAUGCGAUAUGACACAAUAUGAUAUGAUACGAUAUGAUUGUAUCCUACCCGAAGCGGAGAGGAAUCACCUAGUUCGCAAACGACUGGGUGUGAUAUGCUUGAUGCUGCUGAUCCCCGGGCUACGAUGCUACAGUUGGCACAACGAAUAAGUAACAGCACUUGGUAACUACUGUACGAAACAAGCACUAGAUUUUUGUCUGAAGUGUGGUUAUCGUUUCGUUUGUCGCGGUCGACGAUCCAAAAGAAAGACCGAUGUCUUCGACGGCAACCAAUCCUUGAUUCGUUUCGGUUCGACACGACUCGACUCGACUCGACUCGACUCGAAUCCCACCCUCUCCGGCAAUCGUCGGUUUCCGUCACGUGGUUCCCCGCUCGUCUUCCGCCGCCGCCCGCUCGGCCUCCAGUUCCAUCACGGCCCGGAGUUCCCUCCGGACCCGCAGCUGGAUCCCGUCCAGGACCCCGUCGAUCGAAUCCAGGAGGGCGUCGUCCAUGGUGGUCGCCGUGGAAGCCACCGCCUCCCGCAGCCGCGCCUGGAAGCCGUCCAGGACCCGGUCCAGGCCGUCCACAAAGCCCGGGCUCGAGCAGGCCGUCUGGUAGAUCCGGGGCAACAAAAAGGCGGCGGCCCCCAGGAGCAGCCUCCCCGUCCCGUUGCGGCGGCGGAGCGGGGGAUUGCCGCCGCUCCUUCUGCCGCUUCCUGUGGGUGGUGGGGGGGGCGACGGAUUCGGUUUCGUUCGUUUCUCCGUAGUUCCGCCGCGUUCCCCCGCAAAGAAGUUGAUCCAGUUGUUGGCGGUGGCAAAGACGACGACGGCGGCAACGACACCGAGAAGAUACAACACCGUGUCUUUGUGGUGGUCCCCGAAGACCAUCGCGGCGACCCGCUCUAUCGCCUCCAUGGGACGGUUCGAUUCGGGUUGGAUCGGGACGUGUUUUCUCCUGUUCAAAACGCAAAUUCCGUUCUGCUCGGUUCUUGCUCAAGGCCCGACGCGUUUGUGGUCCUGUUCCUGGACCUCAAAAUACCUUCGUUGUUCUGCUCUGCCAGCGAGAUAGACCUCCCGUUCCGCGCGACGGGCAACACCGAAUUAAUGUUCCCAUCUCUGCAGUACGGGUACCAUACGUAUGUACUAUUACUGGUUCCCGCUGCCUUACCUACAAUACGGUACCAUAGAUCCCUACUGCACCUGCGAGGCUAUUAUUUCAAGGCAAUAUGCUUGUUUCUUAAACUACUGUGAGCACGAUGCAAAGCAGGAGUUGUUUAAGGAAACCUCCUUCAGCGUGGAAAUUGGGAGAAAUAGAACUGUAAAGCUAAUCCCUAAAAACUUUGGGGUUGGGAAAACUCAAAAAAAAUCGUAUCUUACUUCGUGUUGGUCAUACCGUACAUGCGUACAGACUUAUUGAGUCGGACGGGAUCAGUCAGAGGGGUAGUUAGUUGUACGUAGUACCAGGUAGUCCCCAGUGGUCGUCGCUACGUACGGUACUGGGUACAGUAGGUUGCAAAAACCGGUACCGGUACGUAUGAAUAAGUAGUACAAUAGUAUGUAUGGAUUCGCAACCGAAAACGAAGGACAGAGUAGGAAUGAAAAUUGUUCGUUCAUCGGUAUGGCUUGUGUUGGUUGCUUGCUUGCUUCGUAGAUGCACAAACACACAAACACACAUACACACACACACACAUACCGGUACACAUACACAUACACACACAUAUACGCACACAAGCUGCAAUGCCACCGCACCGCAAAUUGUAACAAACAGGAUCAGCGGUGGCCGCAGAACCUCUACCGGUACCAGUCGCGGCAGCAGCCGAACCCCAAGCACGGAAUGCAGCUCCUGCACGAUCGCCGGUCGGCCUGCUUGCUGUUCCAGUCUGCGUGCGUCGCCUUCUGGCCUCCCCCCUACUCGCCGGCGGUCGUCCCCCCGGGGGUGGCAACUCCAAACCCGAGCCCGCGAGGAUCCGGUCCGGGGCUGUCCACCGCAACCGCAACCGCAACGACCCGGGAACUGGCGUCGUUUCUGGCUUGCAGCACGCCCCGCGAAUUCCGGGGGGCGGUCCGACAGAGCGGGGGACGCUUCUUGUACCGGGGGGACGAGGCCGGCGACGACGAGGACGACAGCGACAGCAACCGCGACGGCCCGAGCAAAAGCGGCGGCGGCAUUAGAGACGCCCGGCACCCGGGAGAGAGCAACACAGGCGCUUCGGUGCGGGCCGGAUUCCGGAGCGGCCCCCCCGUCCGGGCACGGAUCCGAGCCCCCGAUCCGGACCUGCUACUGCCGGAGACCUACGGGAACGAUCUGGAGGCCCUGGUCUAUUUCGAGCGGCUGGAGGAGCGACUGUCGUCCUCGUUCUCGCCGCCGGCGUUCCGGCCUGGACUACCGGCAGCCCGUGCCGGCGUUGCCGUUGUCGCACUGCCCUCCAGCGGCCACAUCGCCACGUCUGACCCGCUCGAGGCAGGGAAAUGGGGGAGGGUCGUUUCCGUUUGGCCACUGGUUGCGGUUGCCGAUCCGCAGCAGCAGCAACAKCAAGAACAACAACAACAAAGAGGGUACGCAAGCAGCAAGACGGGAGCAAACACAACUGCAAACGAUUCGAGCCCGGACCCGAAUCGCAACUUUUCCUACGCCUGGCCGAGGGAUCGGCCGACGUUUUACAGUGCCAUUGACGGGGGCAUUGCCGGUUCCGAUGGCUCCGUCAGCAGCAGCAGUGGUACCAACUACCACCAUCGAAAACAGCGACGCCGGAGAGACGAGAACGAUCGAAUCGUCGUUGACGAACAACUCGUCGACGCUCUACUGGCAAAGGACGGACGGGAGGUAUUGUUCGCGACAAACGCGGUUCCUUCCUCGGCAUUUCUUACGGUGCCAAUGGAACUGGACAACGAGCUACGGGACGAGCUCGAAAGGAUCGAUUAUGGUCUAUAGCUAGCAUGCCAGCUACUCGUGCAUGCGUGUGUGUCGAGGUGCAUAGUGUUUCUCGAAUGUUUUUGUUGUGGCCUUUCUUCGUGGCGUUUGAUCAUCACGCGUGAGGCGCAAGUUACGGUCCGGCAGAGAAACCUGGAAAGCACUGUUUCGUAUUCGAAUAUUCGUGCAAAAACUGUUACUGCAAAAUCUAUCGUUCAAAAUCCUUUUUUGGCGACUCCGAAGUUUACACAUGGGCACGAGUAGUCUAAUUUAGCUUCGUACUUGCCGACUACAGUACGUCUUCUCAAUUCAGUACGGUAUGUGCAGUACCGCACUUCGUACGAGUGAUCUGUAAUCUGUACUA